AAUUCAUGUUUAUUAAAUAUUCUAUUUCAGAAGCAUGAAGUGGUCUCUGCUCUUAUUAUUGGGCUUGGUGGCCUGCCUUGGCCAUGUCCGUGCCGAAGUUGAAGAGUUGGAUACGGAGGAUUUAUUAGAGGAAUUGCUCAAUUUGGAAUUGGACGAAAGUGAAGAGGAAUUAUUGAGGCAAUUGGAAGAGAAGAAUUUGAACAAAGAUGUUGAACGUGAAAAUGAAAUUGCUUCCAAAUUGGCAGCUGAUACCAACAACAUUUUGAAUCCUGUCAUUGAAAUCGAUCCCUGUGAAAAAAUGCACUGUGGUGCUGGUCGUGUUUGCCAUUUGGAGGGUGUUACAGCCAAGUGUAUCUGCAUCCCCGAAUGCCCUGAAGAAAUUGAUGCUCGCCGUCGCGUCUGCACCAACAAAAACGAAACCUGGCCCUCGGAUUGCUCCGUCUAUCAGCAACGUUGUUUGUGUGACACCAAAGAUCCCGGCUGUUUGAAUCCCGAAAAUACUCACUUGCACAUUGACUACUACGGCGAAUGCCACGAAUUGAAAGAAUGUACCGAAGAAGAAAUGAAAGAUUUCCCCAGGCGUGUACGUGAUUGGCUGUUCAACGUUAUGCGUGAUUUGGCCGAACGUGAUGAACUUACCGAACAUUAUAUGCAAAUGGAAUUGGAAGCUGAAACGAAUAUGACUCGCCGUUGGGCCAAUGCUGCCGUAUGGAAAUGGUGCGAUUUGGAUGGUGACACUGAUCGUUCAGUAUCCCGUCAUGAACUUUUCCCCAUUCGUGCUCCACUCAUGAGUUUGGAACACUGCAUUGCCCCCUUCUUGGAGUCGUGUGAUCCCAACAAAGAUCAUCGUAUCACCUUGGUGGAAUGGGGAGCAUGUCUUGGCUUGGAUCCCUCUGACCUCAAUGAACGUUGUGAUGAUAUUCAAAAAACUGUGCCUCAUUUAUUGGGUUAAGUGUUGUGGCAUCAGGCGGCGACAACGGAAGUUGUACAAUCACAACAACAAUUAC